AUGGACGACUUCUACGUGCGAUACUACGUGGGGCACAAGGGCAGGUUCGGGCACGAGUUCCUCGAGUUCGAGUUCCGCCCCGACGGCAAACUCCGGUACGCCAACAACACCAACUACAAGAAGGACUCGCUCAUCCGCCGCGAGAUGUACGUGAGCGAGACGGUGAUGAGGGAGGUCAAGCGGAUCGUGGCGGACUCCCAGAUCCUUCGCGAGGACGACCGGGAGUGGCCGGAGGGGGACAAGGUCGGUUCCCAGGAGCUGGAGAUCGUGCUCGGCGAGGAUCACGCUAGCUUCACCACCGCCAAGAUCGGUUCGCUGCUCGACGUGCAGAGCAGCAAGGAUCCGGAGGGGCUGCGAUGCUUCUAUUACCUCGUGCAGGACCUCAAGUGCAUGGUGUUCUCCUUGAUCAACCUGCACAUGAAGAUCAAGCCCAUCUGA